AUCGAUAACAUAAAUACUUGCAAUGUUUAGCGCUGUCAUAGUCUAAAGAUCACACAAUGCAGACCACCAUUAGAGGACAUCGCAGUGUAUUUAUUUUAGGCCUAACCGUAAAAGUAUUGGAAUUUACCCCAUGGUUCAAGUUAAAGUAUCAGCACCCGGUUAUGAUGGAGAAUGAAAACAAGGUUUUAUAAGAUUUAUUGAGUCGUUUUACAGAUCUUUUACUGAAGAAUACCGUAGCAGAUAGCAUGGAGCAUGGCAAGAAAUCGAAUAGAAUAGUCAGACCACUCACCGCACCUGUUAUCAGGACAAGCUCAAGGCAGAAUGGUCCACCGUCAAGCAAAUCAAGCCACCAGACGACGAGAGUAAGACCUGCGACUGCUAAAGCGUCUAUACAGUUACCGCCUCGUUCCCCCUCCCCCGGCCACAGUCAAUACAUUGAGUCAUUAUUCCAGACAAGUGAUAGAUUGAUACUCGGCAGAUCAGUUAAAACAAACAGAGGAGAGAAAGGGUGGAUAGGAUGUCUUAGAACUCCCCAGUACCACUCUUCUAUUGGUCACUCUCAAACAGAAUCGUCCCGCCAAGAACAGCUCACUUCAGAGACUACCCGACCGGAUAAUAGUGACAGUGACGAUGAGGCAGGCGCCACACCAUACGACACAAAGAAAGUCAUAGAUGAAACUAAUGAAAAAUUGAAGAGAAAUCUUCAUCAGCGUCUCACAGCUCACAAGAACAUCGGUAUAACCAGUGAUGUUAUUUUUCAAAUGCAGCUGAGAAGCAGUUUUUGGACAUCUGAUAUGCUGUAUCAUAAUUGGGGCAGCCAUCUUCUUGAUUUGCGGGAAAGAAAUUGCCAGAGUUCUGGAAACAUCGGGAAUAUUUCAAAAGAGAGUACAGAGGAAGAACCAUUGCCACAAACGAACGAGAGAAGAGCAGCAAUAUGUUUCCACAUGGCACACAACACACCGCUAUCUAUAGGCACACUAGGAUCGCUUUCGUCGGCAAACCACAGAGAAGUCAUAAUUGAUCGGAAGACACGGCGGAGCUCCAACAUCUUACCGGAAAAGUCAGGCGAACCGGAAGUAGAAGACCCGAUAUCAAGGAGAAUUCGAUUACGAGAAACGCUUAAACGGGCUAUACGGAUCAUCAAGAUUGUUUCUUUGAUAGCUUCAUGUAUGCUACGAAGCUCUAAAGACUCGACAACAGAAACAUUUGUCGCCCAGCUUCACUACAUAACCUCUAGGCCAGAAAAUCUACCUUUCAAUAAAAAACGAUUCUUAAAAGAUAACUCAUUGCGAGUACCCAGCUGGCUACCUCAGAUUGCUGACACUUUACCGAAGGACCGAACACCCGAAGCCAUCUACAAACUCUAUGGCGUUAUGAACGAUAUGAAGAGUUUCGAACGCUUUACACCCAAAGUGCGUUUAGAACUCUGCCGAGUGGCCAGGUACAUGAGUUGUGGAAAAGGUCGAGUGAUAGUGCGGCAAGGUCACGUGGGGUUUGGAUUUUACUUUAUAUACUCUGGCUCCGUUUUCGUCCAGUUAGAUAUUGCAGACCAGACUGGGGUCGUGACGUCACAGACAGUAAACAUAAUUGGAAAAGGAGCAUGUUUUGGGGAAUUGGCGCUCUUGGGCGACGGGCGUCGAACAGCAUCUAUUAUAUGUAGAGAAACGACGGAACUGUUUGAAAUCGAAAAAGACACAUUUCUCGAAUCGUGUCCGUACAUCUACGAAGACGAACUCAACGAAAAAAUCGACAUCGCUUCAAAAUUUGAAUUUUUUCGUAAGUGGCCAAAAUCCAGUCUUCAUCGACUUUGUUUUGAGUCUCAGAUCCAGGAGGUUCCUUACGGACGAAUAGUGGAUAGAGACACAGUCGCCACAGACUAUUUGUACUUUGUGCUUAAGGGCAAAUUAGUGAUGUUAAAGGAACUCGACUUGACAAGGUUUAUAAAAAGCAAUAAUCAGCUGUCCUUAAAAAUAUACGCAGGGAAGCAACUGCCAACACCCCGACCACACACCUCCUCCAUUGGCGGAUCAAAAACAUUCCCACAUGCAACCAAACACAAUAAAUGCUACAUCAAGAUUGGAGAUAUACAGGACGGCCAGUCCACGGUACGUAUUCAACUAUAAUAUUAUAUAUAUAUA